GCAUUUUAUUGAAAACAUCUACAGCAUACUUAUAGUUUUGGUAAGUUGUACGUACUAUUACUGAGACAACAGUCAAGUAGCAUGCGUUUCUCAUUCAACGUCAAUAAGAAAUAAAUUGUGUCUUCGGUAUUUGAUAGCUUAACCGUAUCAAUAUCUUGCAGUUUGGAUCCCAGAAAGAAGAGUAUCGUUCCACGAAAAGCAAAUCUGGGGUAAGCAUUCAAAAGAGUAUUUCGUUCCUACAUAUCACCGAUUCACCGUGUCCGUUAGUUUUAUAAACACGAAAUCAGCAAUUGAGUAUUUCUUCUCGAGUUAUGUAGGAACAGGUAGUGGAAUCAUCUAUUCCAGCAGGAUCAAGCACGCAUGGUCCAAGCUGUUUCGUUGUGCAGAUAAUUUAAUUAUUAUUCAAUGAGGUAUGAGUUUCAUGUCCAACAUUAGACUAACUUUGGAGCUGCUCUAAACUCCCUCCAGCCCUAAAUUACCCAAAAAAAUUGAGGAAUACGACGACUGAAUUAUGAGUAUCCUAGGGUAGCUUUGUUUAUCAGCCAUACACAAGAAUGUAGUUUUAUCCAAACAAUUUCCGCUAGCAAGCAUGCUACGUGAUAAUAUUAAUAUCUGACCCACGUGAAGACAUGAGAUAAUCAUCUCAAUUCUCAUCUCUACCCAAACCAAUCAAAGAGAAAGAGGCACGUGCACCAGAAGCAAAGCCUUGUAGACUGUAGUGAAAAAAAAAAAGGGUCUGAUCAAUGAUCAUUAACCCAAAACCUUAUCCAAACUCCAAUGACUAGCAUCACACUUUCCCUCCCAUGCACAAACCCCUCCUUCCUCUCUUCUCCAAAACGUUUCAGAUUCAAACUCAAUCCCCAAAUCCAAUCCUCCGCACAACUCUCCCCCUCGCCUCCCCAAACCGGCGUCAUCGUCAUCGGCGCCGGCCUAGCGGGCCUCGCCGCCGCCACCCACCUAAACUCCCGCAACAUCCCCUUCCUCCUCCUGGAAGCCUCCGACGCGGUGGGCGGCCGCGUCCGCACCGACAUUGUGGACGGCUUCCUCCUGGACCGCGGCUUCCAAAUCUUCAUCACCGCCUAUCCAGAAGCCCAAAAGCUCCUCAACUACAAAACCCUAAACCUCCAAAAGUUCUACUCCGGAGCCCAAAUCUUCUACGACGGCCAAUUCCACACCGUCGCCGAUCCCCUUCGCCACUUCAUCGACUCCGCCAAAUCCCUCACCAACCCAAUCGGAACCCCCCUCGACAAGCUCCUAAUCGGAUCCACCCGAAUCCGCGUCCUGGCCAAAUCCGACGAACAAAUCCUCACCGCAGAGGAGCUCCCCACCCUCCACCUUCUCAAGAACCUAGGCUUCUCCGACUCCAUCAUCGCCACAUUCUUCCGCCCCUUCUUCGGCGGAAUCUUCUUCGACCCCACCCUCCAAACCUCGUCGCGCCUCUUCGACUUCAUCUUCAAGUGCCUCGCCCUCGGCGACAACGCUCUCCCCGCCAAUGGCAUCUCCGCCAUCCCGGAGCAGCUCGCGGCGGCGCUGCCCCCCGGUUCGAUCCUCCUCAACUCCAAGGCCCUCUCCCUCUCCCUCGACCCCCGCGCCUCCGGCUCGCCGCUCGUCAGGAUGCAAAACGGCGACGUUUUCAAGAGCGAGCUGGGCGUCAUCGUCGCGGUUGAAGAGCCCGCGGCGGUUAAGCUUCUCGCGGGAAGGACCGGUUUGGUCGCUAAAAAACCGGUUCGUAGCACUGUUUGUUUGUAUUUCACCGCGAACCGGGAGCAGAUUCCGGUUAAUGAGCCGGUUCUGUUUUUGAACGGGUCGGGUAAGGGGAUUGUGAAUAACAUGUUCUUUGCCACCAAUGUGGCCCCGUCGUAUGGGCCUCCCGAUAAGGCCCUUGUGUCGGUAUCAUUGAUUGGGCUUUUUGAGGGCGUGUCUGAUGAUGAGUUAGUGGGUCGAGUGGUUGAGGAGCUUUCGGGUUGGUUUGGGGGGAAAUUCGUUAGGGAGUGGAAGCAUUUGAGGACUUAUCGGAUCGGGUUUGCACAGCCCAAUCAGUGCCCACCCACGGAUCUGAAGAAAAACCCGAGAGUUGAGUCGGGUUUGUAUGUGUGUGGUGAUUAUUUGACCUCUGCCACGUUUGAUGGUGCUUUGGUCUCUGGAAGGAGGGCUGCAGAAUCCCUAUUGAAGGAUAUAGCCCUCACUCCGGCUUAAACUAUUUAUUUAAAUUUAAUUAUUUUUACUCUUUGUUA